AUGUCAAGACGCCGGAAUGGGCGUAAGGUGUCAGUGGACGAGCCACUGCGACAAGAUUCACAAGAAGCACUAUUUGUACCAGAGUUCGGCGGCGAUGCGGAGGCUACUGAGAUCGGUAGGGAGACUUUUCGUGGAGACCAUCGAACCAAUACAAGGAAACGACGAAGAGUAUGCACGGAGAGGAAGUCAACAGCGACGACAGCCUCAAUGAACUCACCAUUGCAAUCGCCUAUUAGGCCGAAACCAGCCGGGCCUCGACCAUCAGUCAGAAUCAAGUCAGAAGCUGAAAGUCAGGCGCUCGCUGACCUGCGAUUGAAGGCCUCGAGUGAAAAGGUGCGAAUCUACGUGGGAGCUAACAAUACAGUCUAUGAAGUGGGCUUGGAGGACCUCGACAAAGCUGCGGCGCUGAAAGCGCUAGUGAACAAAACCGGUACCCAGACACCAUUUAUCAUGCAUCCAGAAUUGACGGAAAUCUCGGCGGACCACUUUCACUCGGUAUAUGAGUUCCUAUUGACACACGAGUACAUGCCUGCGAUCAUCGAUAACCCACUGGGAGAGAACAGACUUCCCAAACGACUGGACGGGUGCACCUCGGCAGCCCAUUACCAAGAGGAAGCAUUGAGAGGAGCUCAUCUCUAUGUAAUCGCUAAGCGCAUCGGAUUGAAGAGCAUGCAGGAUCUGGUGGUGCGGAAAAUUACUCAAGCUCAGCACCAACCAUACGAUGUCGAAUGUCUUCUCGGCAUCGCCAUGAUCGUGUUUUCAAGACCAGAGGCGAACGCAGCGUUUGCGCCGUGCAAUUCGGAGAUAACGUCGAACAUUCAAGACAGCGGAGGCGAUCAAGACGUUCUCGAGGAGUGGCUCGUUCAGAAUUUGGGAGACAAGCUGCAGCCCCUGAUGAUCAACUACGCUCAGUUGUUCUUUGAGGUCGCGAACCAUGGUGCCUGUGCGGCUCGCGGGUUUGGUGCCAGGGUACUGCGACGAAAGGUCGAGUUUUGGGACACAGUGGGCGCGGAUGUCAUCGCAAUCGAAGACGACGAGUGA